UACAAUGUGCUGCCACAGAGCCAGCAGGCAGUUUACAGAGAAACAGCCAGAGAGGGAGGGAGAGAAGGGGAAAGUGCUAGAACUGACUACAGACGGGAUCCAAGAGGCCAACGCUGCAGCCUGGUCUCAGGAUCCACUGGCCCACACCACCAGGAUGGGCUGUACAACGGGCCACCUGGCUUGCCAAACCCAGCCCCAAAACAACUCGGGGCAGGAGGGUCAGUCCCUGGAGGCCGGUGGUGCCAAAGUGCCUGAGGUGCUCUCCUCUCUGGAACGUCUGUCGCAGGCCACGGGGGGCAUGGAAAAGUCCUGGUACCGCUGCAUCUUUCCCUUUGGAAUCAUCUCUUUGGUGAUUGGUAUAGCAGGAACAGGUGUGACCUACACCUAUAAUGACCUGCCUCAGACUAAAGUGGUGUCGGUGGUGCUACUUGUCAUGGGUCUUUUGCUGUUGUUCAUGGCCACCGCCUGUUGGACUGUCCACAAGAAGAAGAGAAGGAAAAAGAAAGAGGGAGGCUCAUUCACCUCUGAGCAGUGUCCCCUGUGAAGCACAUGGGGAAAACAGUGAUAGGACCUCGAAAGCAAAGACAUACCCAGGGCUGGGAGCUCAAGGGUUGGCUGAAGAAGCCAAAUCCAUUCUAUUCUUUAUCACAGAGUUUGGUUCAGCUAACACAAGAGAGAACUUGGGCUGAGAAAUCAUAGAGAAUGGAAGGACAGAUAGACAGGACACUGGGGAUCUGUUUAGUCUGUAAGGUUUGGACCAUUUUGGAUUGGCAAGGAGGGAUCACCAAUGCCUCACACGUUCUUUUAUCAUCAGACAGCAGGUGUCCAGUGUCAAAACAACCUCCGAGGAGACACACAAAUAUGCAUUGCGUACUGCAUGCAUAUUUACACGCACGGAUACAUGGCCCUCGCAGUCCUCACUCCCAUAUGCACUGGCAGUCACAGUGGGAGCUCGCGGAGACACCUAACACGCUAUGCAGAGCUGCUGCUGGAGUCAAUGCUAGCGUCACUAGGCACGUCAGUGACAGCAUUCCUUCUCCCAGGACAGGUGACUCUCCAAGAGGCCAGAAGUGGGCCAAAGACGGCAACCUGAUCCCCAGCCGAAAGAGCAGUGCACCCGCGUCAGUGGCCAGCGUCAUUCACUCGUCCUGUGACACCGCAGCAAUGUGUUAGGGGCUUUUUUUACGCAAUGGGAGAGUGGAACUUGAGUCCAGCAGGAUCUUACUGGCAUCUGUGUGGACGAUGAACUGGAGAGAGGGCAGAGGACCUGCUGGGGAAGAGGAAGGUGUUUGUUUGUGCUUAAAUAAAGAUUCUUUUGAACUAAGAGACUAUUAGAUCUUGGACUUCACUACUGAGGAACAAAAGAUUUGCACAAAUGGCCCCAUGUCCAUGCUUAGCAAGAGCAACUUUUAGUAAAGCAACAUACUCUGAAAGGCCUUUUGUAGCUUCAGCUUCACAUUACAAAGGAGUGGGGCAUUGACGUUCUGGCUGACUGAUUGCCCUCCUGUCAAUAUGCGAGCAUUUACACCCAGCCUAGUGUCUUCGUGGGGCACCUUAACUUCACACAGGGCAAGCCAGGAUUAUUGAAGGACACUGCCCGAGGGGACAUGCCACUGCAGGGACACUUUGACUGAUCCUGCUCCCCUACGGCCCCUCCCGCUUGGUGCCUUGAGCAAGCACUCAUGGAAAAAAGCUCUGUCGCAUUCCCCCAUUUCCAUUUGAACCCCCGAGAAUUGCCCCCCCUGUUCUCUCUCUCUUUACCCAGGCAGGGCUGUCCUCGUUCAUCCCAUAUGCCUUUCUCAAUCCUCCAUGCCCAGUUUCUAACUUGAGCCCACUCAUUUCAACAAUUGUGAUAUAGUCCAGGAAGGAGUGUGUACAGCGCCUUUUGACACACAAGUUAAAACACACACAUACACUUAAAUGUAAGCCCCAUAGUCCACAUACAUUUGACAUUAUCUUCCUGUGCCAAAGAAAGUGGAUUAUUUUCUCUCUCAGAGUAGAACGAAUAUUGAAAUUGUCUGAAAAUAGGAUACAAGGCUGUUCUCUCAUGAAUACUGAUUAAUGUUUGUGCUCUAAGGGACUCUGGGGUUUCCCUUUCCUACACUUUUUCUUUCAGAGAGAAUGAGCGAAUGUAGCUGCGUUCAGCUCCACAUCUGUGAAUAGGUGCUUUCUGUUGGUGUGUGGUCUCACAGGAUGGGACACACAAUGGCAUUUUAUUCUUGUCUUAAAUAUUCUUGUUUAUGUCACUGAAUGUAGGGUGGAGAAUGCGAAAUCACUGAAGGAAAAAGUACAUUGUACAGAAUAUGUAGAAAUUGAAAGGAGUCUAUACCGUGUGUCUCCAUGUGAAAGACUGUAUACUAGCACCCCUUUACCCUUGAGAACUAUAAUUGAUCACUGUUGCAUCGAUUCUGGCUACCAGAUUAGUGGCGCUUGUUGCUGAGUAAAAUGUGUCUAUGCAUCCAGAGGUAGCAGUUAACAUACAAUGCCAAAGACUGACCUGAAGACCAGCUUGCCAAUUACAAGGUUGCAUUUGCCUGCCUGCUUCAAUAGACAUGCAAUGGAUCAGUCCUUUCUCGAUUAUAUUUUUCAGCUUGCAGCAUUUAGAUGUUGUGUUGCAUACUGAUUGUCAGUCAAACUCUGUUAGUUUAAACAAAGGGAAGAAAGGGGAAAUAAGUAGGCAAUGGUGUAAGACAAAAGCAGAAACAGGGAAUUCAUUCCUUUCACUUUUAUGUGAGAGUAGGGAGCGAUCCCUGCGGGUUAGAUUGGGAUCAGCCAUCCUGAACAGAGCAGUAUUAUUCUUAGGGGAUAUGAUGCAUUACUGGCAGCGUAAGUGAAAAGGCCAAGGCAAUGCAGUGGUGUAGUCUGAGAUGAGAGAAUCCCCAGUAUGACAGUGCAUUAGUUUCUGACAAUGACAACACUCCCACUUCUACUCUGCCCUGAAUUUUGGCUUGUGUAUCAAUGCAAUUUUCAAAUGUAUAAAACACAUUUACUAUGUAGUACAUGGUGGUUGCAUAGUUGUACUUGCUCAUUUUCAAGCUAUAUUGUGCCAGGUGACCAGAAUUUGUGUGUUAGAGAUGUGAAGUGAUUUCCCUUCUGCCUUCUUGAAAAAUUAAAGGGAAAAUCUACCUCUCUCUGCUGCAGGGGAAUUAUGUCCCUCACCCAGUAGACAGCCAUGCUGUCCGCCUAUGCUGUUUGUCACUCCAGUGAGUGACACAAAAUAUGUUUGUGUACCCUCUAAUAUUUGGUGCUGUAUAUAUAUGACUAUUUUAUAUUUCUACUGUAUAUUUCUACUUAUAUGUACAUUUUAAUUGUUGUAUUAAAUAAAUGUUAAGUGGACA